AUCAAUCCCUUAUGGAUAAUGUAAUUAGUUGUUAGACUUGAUAUAAUACGUCAAAAUAUUGCCACGUUUGACUAUUUUCUAGUCUGUUUGGUGUUAAUUUCACAUGUUGUCAAAAUUUUUCAUUAUUCUUAUUGCCUCCAUUAUUAAAUUCGUUCGUCCACUCCAGUCCAUUGAUCAGAUAGGAAAAAUGUAUAGUGGAAGAGAACUAGAAAAUAUCCCAUACUACAUUGAAAUUCUUUCUAAAGAUGGUUCCCACAAAUGCAGUGGGGCAUUAGUAGAACUAAGGCAUGCAGUUGCACCCUCAAGUUGCUUCUACUCUCGUGACAGAAAUGUGUACAGCAAAUUGGUGUAUGGUUAUCGCAGGCAAACCCGACGGACAACGCCAAAUACGCCGCAUUUCAAAAGGAUUCGCUCACCCGUUUUUGCUCACGAAAGAAGCGUUUCAAUAUAAUAUUGGAGUGGUGAAAGUUGAAACGCCCUUUACAGCAACAGUUGACGUCAAGCCUAUUCGGAUGAAGACUAUAAGUGCUUCUGAGGGUGAAGAAUGUAUUGUCUGUGGAAAAAUUUUCAUUAAAAACGAUGUGAUUACCCACUCUUUCGUCACAGUCGCAAAUAGUUUUCAGUGUAAUAUAGAAAGUUCUCCUUACUCCACCUGCCUAACGUGGAAUGCAUCUGAAAUGGAAUGUCCAAACGAUCCGGGAAUCAGUCUCAUCUGCCAUGGAUAUUUACAAGCCAUCUUUGUAGAAGGUGAUUUGUUCUGCCAUCGAAAUGUGCAGAUUUUUUUGAAUAUCGCAACACACUGGGAAUGGAUUGACGCUAUUAUUCGAAUGAAGGAGUAUGAGGCACCGAAUUCAGAACGCCUUGUGGAGGGAUUUCAUCAUAAAUGCAAUUCGAACAUCAUUUCCAAUCAUUUCGUGUGGAUAAUCGUAGUAUCAGCUUUUCUUCUCUAAUUGAAGUUAUGUAUUUAUGCAUUCAGUGUUAUCAUGCCUCUAGUAAAAAGUUUGAAUUAG